AUCGCGGAUUUACGGAAUUAUUUAAUUUUAAAUGUAAUUGAACAAAUACCAGCGGGCCGCCAGCGGGUCAGUUGCUGGUAACAAUUUGCAGAACGAUUCCACGGUGAUCGUUGCAUCGUCGUCAAUUAGUGAAAUCAGUAAGCAAGCUUUUAAAAUAAAGGAAAACCUCCUACUCCGCUAUACAUAUAAUUACUUUCAUUAUUUAGCUACUUUUCCGGCAGCCGCAACAAACGCUGGCCCAAGCCUGCAAAUUGUUGCCAGCAACUGACCCGUUGGCUGCCCACUAGCAUUUGUUCAACUACUCAAAAAUGCACUUUGUAAACAAACCUUUUGGGUGUUGGCCACAUCAAGCGGCUCAUCUGGAUGAAAUGAAAAGGCUGUUAGAUGUAAUGCAGCAACGUGCUCCCGAUGUUGAACAUCAGUUCAAAGAAAAGUCAAAUGAGUUGGAAAUGGCGCAGCUUAUCAUACGCCAGUUGUCGGAUAAGGCCAAUGUAAACCAAGGCCGCAAUCGGAUAGAGACCUCGACGCAGACGCAAUUUAUGUACGAGCAACAUAUUAGAAACUUACAAGUAAGUUAGAAGUAGAAGUGCAUUUGAAGACGUUUACAUUAUUAUGUUUACGCAUUUCUUACAGGCUAUGGUGCAACAAUUGACGUAUGAAAGGAAUUUAUGAUGGUCACAAAUAUAUUGGCAAAAACAUAGUAAGUGCAUAUGCAAGUUGGAAAAAUUGACAAUGCUGGCUAAAAAUAAGAGUCUUUUUAAUGAUCGACCGCAAUAGAUUCAAGAAUUGACUUACAUCAUGGUGUAUGCGUUACAAUCUAAAUUAGCCAGCAUGAGCACCGACUUCAAACAGAUACUAGAAGUGCGUAUAAAAAAUCUCAACCAACAAAAAGCGCGUCGGGAUCAAUUCGGGCAGUCGCCAAUUGCUGCUAGCACUGUUCGCUCGAGUACAGCGAAACAGGGCUCCUUGCUGUUAAGCGAAGAGAAUACGGCCGUAAGCAUUGACAUGGCCGCAAGUGAUACAACACCAUUGCUGGGUGCAGUCGGAGGUUGUGGAAUACAGACGCAGCAGCAGAUUGCAUUAUAUGAUGACUCCGAUAGUUACGUGCAACAGCGGGCUGAGACUAUGCAGAACAUUGAAUCGACUAUUGUCGAGCUAGGCGGUAUAUUUCAACAAUCAGCACAUAUGGUUAAGGAGCAAGAGGAGACUGUGGAGCGUAUCGAUACAAACAUACAAAUAUUGAAGUACUUCCAAACUGAUGAUAAAAAUCUUCGCAGUACUGAUAUUCAUUUUUCAUAUUCUUCGUAGUUUUCCUUAUAUAAUAACGAAUAUGUUUGUGACACGGCAAGAUUUUAACAAGUUCAGAUGCGCGGUCUUAAAGUUGUGGGUUUUUAAAUACAUAAAUAUAUAAUAUCCUAUUCAUAUACAUACAUAUAAAAAACACUAAUGUAAUAAUGAAAUUAAGUCUUAUAUGCCACGUGAAACACGAUAGCUUUUAGAAGCAGUCACGUAGGAUUAGACACUAAUUCUGCCAAUAAUAAAAUUACUUCACUUAGUUUCACUUUUUUUCAAAAUUUUCUAUAAAAAGUAGAGAUGAUCCUGUAUAAUAAAACGAGAACCGAUUUAUGUAAUCAUAAAUAUAUAAAGAAAAGUUUAAAACUAAAUAAAAUAGAAAUUGUUAUUGGCAAUAAGUACAUGUGCUUG